CUGGACCAGCCCCAGUUAGACCAAAAUUUACCAACUCCAAGUGCCCCCCAAAUAAUACUAAUUUUCUUCUCAAAAGAAGUAAAAAAUUCCCUUCACUUCACCGUCCCCAUCGAAUUGAUCUUCAAUUCAAUCCUUUUCUUCAGGAAAGAAAAACCUCUUUAACUUGAAAUUGAGAUUGAGUCAUAUCACAUGAACACUUAUCUGUCCCUGCCAUAGUUCUUUCUUUGUAGCCUCCAACAUGGACAAAACCACUGGUGCUGACAAGUACAACGUUGAAACCGCCGAAAUCUUGGCAAACGAGGCUCAGCAUUUGCCAGUUGCAGAGGCCACACCCAUAUACGAGCAGCUUCUGCUAUUGUUUCCAACAGCCGCCAAGUUUUGGAAGCAAUAUGUGGAGGCACAUCUGAUUGUGAAUAAUGAUGAUGCUACCAAACAGAUUUUUAGUCGGUGCUUGUUGAAUUGUCUUCAGAUUCCUCUCUGGCGGUGUUACAUUCGAUUCAUUAGAAAGGUAAAUGAUAAGAAGGGCAUAGAGGGUCAAGAAGAAACAAGAAAAGCUUUUGAUUUUAUGCUCAAUUAUGUUGGAGCAGACAUAGCAUCUGGUCCUGUGUGGAUGGAAUACAUAGCCUUUCUAAAAUCAUUGCCGGCUGCAAAUCCUCAAGAAGAAUCACAUCGGAUGACUGCUGUGAGGAAAGUCUAUCAGAAGGCUAUUGUUACUCCUACUCAUCACAUUGAACAACUUUGGAAGGACUAUGAAAAUUUUGAAAAUUCUGUUAGUCGUCAGUUGGCUAAAGGACUGAUAUCUGAGUAUCAACCAAAAUAUAAUAGUGCAAGGGCAGUUUACAGGGAGAGGAAGAAGUAUGUUGAUGAAAUAGAUUGGAAUAUGCUUGCUGUACCACCAACUGGAUCCUACAAGGAAGAAAUGCAGUGGAUGGCAUGGAAGAGACUUUUAUCUUUUGAAAAAGGAAAUCCACAGAGAAUUGAUACUGUGUCCUCCAACAAACGAAUUGUAUUUACUUAUGAGCAGUGUCUGAUGUAUAUGUACCAUUAUCCUGAUAUAUGGUAUGACUAUGCUACAUGGCAUGCAAAAGGUGGUUCGAUAGAUGCUGCAAUCAAAGUAUUUCAAAGGUCUCUGAAGGCUCUUCCUGAUUCAGAAAUGCUACGAUAUGCUUAUGCAGAAUUAGAGGAGUCUCGUGGAGCAAUUCAGGCUGCAAAGAAAAUAUAUGAAAGCCUUUUGGGAGAUGGUGUCAGUGCAACAGCACUUGCCCAUAUUCAAUUCAUUCGUUUUCUAAGAAGAACUGAAGGUGUUGAAGCUGCUAGGAAGUACUUUCUGGAUGCUCGCAAAUCCCCAAUCUGUUCAUAUCAUGUUUAUGUUGCUUAUGCUACUAUGGCAUUUUGUCUUGACAAGGAUCCAAAGAUGGCUCAUAAUGUGUUUGAAGCAGGACUAAAACGCUUUAUGCACGAGCCUGUUUAUAUUCUUGAAUAUGCUGAUUUCUUGACCCGUUUGAAUGAUGACCAAAAUAUACGUGCUUUAUUUGAGAGGGCAUUAAGUUCACUUCCACCUGAGGAAUCAGUUGAGGUCUGGAAAAAGUUCACCCAGUUUGAGCAAAUUUAUGGGGAUCUUGCUAGCAUGCUGAAGGUUGAGCAAAGAAGAAAAGAAGCACUUUCUGGAGCAGGUGAAGAUGGAACAGCAGCAUUAGAGAGUUCUUUGCAAGAUGUUGUAUCACGAUACAGUUUCAAGGAUUUGUGGCCAUGCUCCUCUAAUGAGCUUGAUCAUUUAUCACGACAAGAGUGGCUUGCCAAAAAUAUCAAUAAGAAAGUUGAGAAGUUUGUUAUGCCUAAUGGAACGACUCUUUUAGAUAAGGCAUCUAUGGCAAGCAUUUCUACUACGUCAUCAAAAGUUGUUUAUCCUGAUACUUCAAAGAUGGUGAUAUAUGAUCCAAAGCAUAAUCCUGUGGCAGGUGCUGGAACGAAUGCAUUUGAUGAAAUUUUGAAAGCUACACCACCUGCUUUGGUAGCAUUUUUGGCCAACCUACCUGCAGUUGAAGGUCCAACACCAAAUGUGGAUAUUGUGCUAUCAAUUUGUUUGCAGAGUGAUCUACCAUCAGGACAAAGUGGGAAAACAGGGAUUCCAAAACAAUUACAAAUUGGGAAAACAGGAAUUUCAACACAAUUGCCAGCAGGUCCUGCCCCUGCUACAAGUGAACUUUCUGGUUCAAGCAAGUCUCACCCUGUUUCAACUGCUGUAUCUUUGAAACUGACAAGUAAUAGGCAAUAUGGGAAAAGGAAAGAAUCAGACAGGCAAGAGGAUGAUGAUACUACAACAGUUCAAAGCCAACCACUUCCACGAGAUGCUUUCCGAAUACGACAGUAUCAGAAAGCUCGAGCUAGUAGUGCUUCACAAACAGGAUCGGUUUCAUAUGGAAGUGCAUUUUCUGGUGAUUUAUCUGGUAGCACUGGUUGAUAAAAUAUUUAAGCCACUUCUUGGAUGUCGAUGUAAAUUAAAAUACCUUCUUUGAGCUCAUAUACCAUUAUCCUUUCCUUUCUAUUUACCUAUAGCCAUAUAGAUAAUUUAGAUAAAUUAAGCACUACAUUUGCAAGUAUGGAGGGUAAUAAAUUAUUUUUUUAUAGCUCUUAUAUAAAGACUUGUUGAAUAUCAUGUUUCUUAAAAAUAUCUGGUGAUGCAAAAGGACUGCCUGCGGACAAUCUUUGCAUGAGUAUAACCUCAGCCCUUAUCCUUGUCUAAUAGGAUAAUAUAUCAGAGGGAUCUUGAUGCAUGAGAAGAGCCAUACUUGUUUCUAAAGGGUCAUAGACUUUUUUUUUUUUUUUUUCUAUGCAUUCUUGGGAGGGCUUGAUAAUGGUCUAAUGAUUUUGGUUGGUAUGCGUAACCUAAGAAAAACAAACAUUUUUUAUUAGAUUUUUCACAAAAUAAUUUCUUUCAUUUAAUUUUUAUGUCUAUGUUGGAGAUGUAAGCACUUGUGCAAGAAAGCCAUGGUGUGGAGUUUACAUUGGCUAAUGAAGGAUUGAACUUACAAUGUUAUGUUACAAUCUUUGUUGAUUAGACAUGGUGUAAUAUAUUUUUAUUUUUAUGAAAAUUGUUAACAAAGGUGCUUAGGUGACACCCUUGACUAGCAUAGGGCAUAACUGCUCUAUCAUUUACUUAUUUGGAUGCAAAUUACCAGAAUAUUUAAAUUU